ACUUCACAGUUUACAAGAUGAGGGCUCCAAUGCAUCUGUCAUACAGUCAGUGGUCACUCUUCACUGAGCCAACCACAGGGCGGAGACUCCUCACUAGCCUACGUCCCUCCCAAACAGGCGGAGCGUCAGCUGCGUCGGGAGAAAAUGUCAACAACAUGCCGGAGUCUUCCACAGAAACAGAAACUGAAGAGGGAGCGAGAAACAGGCUGCAAAUACAAGAAGGAAGCAAGGCGUCUGCUAACGUCGUGUCUUUAAUAUCUCACUUCGCAGAUGAAAAUUUGACACUUGUGCGGAAUAUAAGCACUGGGCUGGCUGUUGCAGGUGUCAUUGUAAUAGCAAGGAGUAUCAAACUGGUCACCAAGUUCCAAGCAGCAUCCGAGAUCCCAGCUCGUUUUAUUGAGAGGAAUGUCAGCCUCCGUGGGAAAGUUCAUUCAGUCACUGAGAAAGGACUCGAAGUGGAACAUGUCCCAAUUUAUCUCCCUGUCCUCUCUCCAUUACUUUCAAAACACAAAGGUAUGCACACGUCUCCAAUGCUGGUGCAUCUUGCAGGAGUGGAGCUGACCCCAGAGGGCAGGGCAUGGCUGCAGAACAACCUGACUCCUUCACAAACAGUCUGGUUAAAACUUAUCAGCAGAAAGAACGAGACGCUACACUGUUUGGUGUCUCAAAGCAAGAAGGGGUCGAUGUGGAGCUACUGUAUGAAUGAAGAGGUCCUCAGGCUGGGCCUGGCUCGCACUGCGCCUGUUGUGGGAGUCUUGCCGGACUCUCGCCUCUACUGGCGUCUCCACAAACGGCUGCACAGAGCAGAGGUCAGAGCUGAGAAGAAGGGGCGGGGGCUGUGGAAGCAGGACAGCCUAUGGGAGAGGGUCUCCAAAGCCAUCGGGGACAGUGCUGUCUUCAGAAUGAUCAGGAGGAUCUUUAAGAGGACUUAAUAGAAUGAUUGACAAAGACAAUGACAGUUCACAGUGGAUUAUAACUGCAAACAGAGAAGUUUAAAAGUUUUCAAACAGUGCCAUCACUUACCUGCCUUUGCUGACGGAUGUGGUACUGCAUGCUGCAAAAACAUGUACAUUAUCCCUAUAAUAUAAUAACAAGAGCUUAAAUUUUAUGAACAUUCCUCUUUACACUUGUUGCACAUGUUUACAGCUGUGUUUUCUUUGUUUCCAUGUCUAGAAGUUUAAAAUAAUUAAAACCUCUUUAAACCCUGA